AUGGACUUCACAGACGUCGGAAUCCGCCACACGAUUCUCAACAGUGUACAGCUCCAUCACUUUAUCGAUUUCUCGCCAUCGGCCGCUGUUAUUGCAAAAGAGGCCCGUCUCUGCGUUAUUGCUAUUGUUGUCGGUUGGCGAACGAUAGCUGCUGCGCAAAACUUUCGUGUAACCUGCGCGAAUCCUACAUCAAAACAUCAAGCUCCACCAAACGUCAAGCCACACAACAUGAUGAGAACAUUAGCUUCACUGGCAUUGCUUGCUGUAGGGGCUACAGCCCAGCUUAUUGAUAGCUCAAGCUUUGGUGCUGGUCAAACGAUAUCACCAACCCGAGACUCUAUCCCCGGAUGGACAAUUGGAGCAGAGGGCCAUAUACCGCAAGUUCUAUCAGACAAGCUCAUCUUAACACCACCGUACCCUGGAAACACUCGGGGAUCAGCUUGGGCACAAAGCCCAGUUUCUCAGUCGGAAUGGUCAGCAGAGUUCCAAUUCCGAGCGAGUGGACCUGAACGAGCGGGCGGAAUUCUACAGUUAUGGUACACCAAGGAUGGCCAGUCCCGUAUUGGUACCUCGAGCAUCUAUACUGUCGGCCAGUUCGACGGCUUUGCUUUGGUAAUUGAUACGCAUGGUGGAAGAGGUGGAAGUGUCCGUGGAUUCCUGAAUGACGGUACCAUCGAUUACAAAAGCCAUAACAGUCCCGAUACCUUAGCCUUUGGCCACUGCGACUACUCCUACCGUAACUUAGGCCGUCCAUCAAUUGUCAAGCUCAAACAUACCAGCUCCAUCUUUGAAGUCACCAUUGACGACAAGCUUUGCUUUUCGACCAACAAGGUCGCUCUGCCCGCUGGAAACACCUUCGGCAUCACAGCAGCCACUCCCGAAAACCCAGACUCAUUCGAGGUCUUCAAGUUCAUCCUCGACACGCCCCAGCAGCCAAUCCGCAAUCAAGUUCCUAACCAGCCCGCCCAACCCGUAACCAACACUGGCACAGAAGCCACGAUGAACGGCUUGGCUGCCCAGAUCGCCGACAUCAGCGGCCGCAUUCAGCUGACCGGCAAGGCCACCAACACCAUCCUCCAGGAACUGAUGAACCAGGCCCCGAAGGCCGACCAGCGCCACGCAGAACUUAUCCAGAAGUCGCUGGCCCAGGACCGCCAACUCGCCCAGUUCGACAGCCGACUCUCGCGCGUUGAGCAGCUGCUCCAAGUCCUCCAGACCGAUGUGCAGAGCAAGGAUUACAGUGGACGGUUCAACCAGCUCCACGAAACGCUGCGCUCCUCCCACCUCAGCCUAAGCGAGAACCUGCAGGGCCACCUGCUUAGUGUCAUUACUGCCUCUAGCCCGCGCAUGGGCUUCUUCAUCUUCAUGUUGAUCGCGUUCCAGGUGAUCCUCGUGAUCUCCUACGUCAUCUACAAGCGUCGCCGGGCCAACAUGCCUAAGAAGUUCCUUUAA